AUGAUACGUAUUGCUGCUAGACAAGUCAGACCCAAACCACUAGUUGCCCACUUACAAUUUCGCUACAUCUCCAAAAUGUCAUCUUCAUCACCCACAAGUCCGAAACUCCAGCCACUGGACCCAACCCCACCAGCAGUUGGCAGUUCCACCUCAAGUGCCCCUCCCUCAUCCAAACUCGCGUCGUUCCAAGCUUUUCUUUCAUCAACUCCAUCAUUACCCAAACGGCCACUUGUUUGGAUAGAUUGUGAAAUGACGGGACUUGACGUGUUGGGAGACGAUGUCAUUAUUGAAAUCUGUUGUAUAAUAACUGAUGAACAGUUGAACAUAGUUGGUGAUAGAGAAUUUGAAACCACAGUAUACUGCCCCAAGGAGAAAUUAGAUGCCAUGGAUGAAUGGUGUACUACAACACAUACCAAAUCAGGCUUAAUUGACAAAGUACUAGCCAACCCAGAGGCUACUACUGAUGAAGUGGAACUGCAAUUGUUGCAAUAUAUACAAAGGUAUGUAACUAAACCACGCAUUGGUGUACUAGCUGGCAAUUCAAUCCAUAUGGACAAAUUUUUCAUGAUGAAACAGUUUCCCAAAGUCGUUGAGUAUUUGCAUUAUCGAGUAGUUGAUGUUUCAACAAUUAUGGAAUUUGGUCAACGUCAUGCACCCAAAUUGAUGGAGUUUGGACCCAGUAAAAAAGGAGCUCAUACUGCUAAAGCUGAUAUUUUGGAGAGUAUUGAACAGUUGAAGUGGUAUAGGCAACAUUAUUUUAAACUGGAGACACAAAUUGCCGAUACUAUAAAGGAAUUUGAAGAGAAGGGUGUAUUAAGAAGGGACAGUUAG